UUCACUUGCUCAUGCUUCCAAGAAUGAUUCAGACAACAAAAGGAGGCACUUAAAUUAGAACGAUUUGGAGCAGGACUUGAAAACAGAAAAGAAGAUCGGCACAUCAAAAGGCAGCUGUUUUCCACAGAUUACAAACAGACCCAGUUUUGCAUUGCCAGAGAUGUUUCAGUCGUAUUCGGGCCCAGACAGCCAGUGGACGAUUAGUGAAAGAGAUGAAUCUCAGCCUUUGCAUGACUGUGGACCACAUCCGCACAGCUGGCCUCAGAUCUAUCAAAGCGACGCCAUCCAUCGUUCUGGCUUCCAACAUCCCUACGGUCAAGUCUACACCAGACCCCAAGCCCCUGCCGUGUGGCAAUAUAAUAACACGUGGAAGGGCCAAGAAGUGCAGGUCUUUUCGAGUGAGCUUCACAAGAGCUGCGGCUGCCGCUACAAUGCUGGAAUAUACCUGGUACGGGCAGGUCCAAAGCCACCUGGAGAACUCCAAGUUUCAUCUUCAUCAAAGCCAAAACCAGCCAGUGAAGGAAUACCUGACACUGGGUUCCAAGCUUGCCUCUUCGGCCGGAACCUGUCACACUGUGUCACAUCCACACGCCCCCGGCCAGCCGCUGGCCAACGUGCCGGUCAUGAGGAACGGACAUAUGCCCGCUGUCAGCGACGGGAGCAACCCUAACAGCCCCAUCACUCUGCUGACGAUGGGCAACCACGACGGUGAGUUUCCAAUGGAUGAAGUUAUUGAUGACCUAAUUAGUCUUGAAUCUGGCUUCAAUGAUGGAGGCUUGGAUUGCAUGGAGCCUAACAUCAUAAUGCAAAACAAUGUCUCCCUCAGUAGCAGCAUGCUGGACAUUUAUGGGGGUGAACAAGGUAUGAACCCCCUUAAUGGUGGAAUGAGUCCCACAUCUAAUCCCACAAAGUUCACUGUUAAAAGGGAAUUCACAGAGCAUGAUACCAGGGUUAUGGCCAAAGAAAGGCAGAAAAAGGACAAUCAUAAUUUGAUUGAACGAAGGCGAAGAUACAACAUUAACUACAGGAUUAAGGAGCUGGGUACGCUUAUUCCAAAGUCCAAUGACCCUGACAUGCGGUGGAACAAAGGCACCAUCCUGAAGGCCUCGGUGGAGUACAUAAGGUGGCUGCAGAAGGAGCAGCAACAUGCUCGGGAGCUGGAGAGCCGUCAAAAGAAGCUGGAGCAAGCCAACAGGAGGCUGCUCCUGAGGAUCCAGGAGCUUGAAAUCCAGGCACGAGCACAUGGACUCCCGAACAUGGCCACUGCCUUGGGGACGGUUGAACUGUCCUCCCACCUCCUUAAACAGCAGCAGCAAUCCCAAAACCAGACACAGCAACAGCAGCAGCAAACACAACAGCCACCCGUUUACCAGGAGGACCCGAACAGCGACUACGUCCAGAGGAUAGCCGUGGUGACAGGUGUGCCAUCCAUCGCCACCGCCGCUGCCAACGGCCCGCAGGACCACAUUCAGAGAGUCGAUGCCUGCAACACGUUCUCCGACCCGCUCUCCCAUUUCACAGACUUUUUCACUGCCACGCUUAAGGAGGAGAACCAGCUGGAUGAAAUCCUGAUGGAUGACCCGCUCUCGCCAUUCGGCACUGAUCCACUUCUGUCAGCUGGAUCCCCAGGGGCUGCUUCCAAGGACAGCAGCCGCAGGAGCAGCUUCAGCUCCGCCGAGGGCGACGACCUAUAAGGGUCCUUGAUCUUUGGUAUGAAACAAUGACUGCAAAGUUCAAACUCCUCCUGGUAAAGGGUCCUUGAAGACUGACUGGAUUUAGUUAUCCUAAUCUGGUUCUGACCACUGCAGAGGUGCAAAGCUGACAAACUAAGCAAAACCCCUAAAAGUGCCACUUGUUUAGAAGCCGUCAACUGUCUCCAAAGCUAACAUUGUAUGAUGCUUUAAAGCAAUAGUUCCAUCCAAUGAACAAACUGCUUUAAACUUUAUUACCACUGUUUUUAUCUGCCUCCCACAGAGGGCAGAAACAGACUUGUAUUAAAAAGGGAGACAUUUAUGAGUAAAAAUGUUAACUACUACUGGCUAUUUUUAAGUCAAACACUGUGGUGGUUACACACUGUAACAUAUGCAAAAUAAUUACUGAAAAUAUGCCUGAAGUGUACUUUUUUUCUACCAGUUUACAAAAGAAUCUUAGUCAGACAUUUGCAUUUUGUGAGGGAGGCCUUAUAUGAACUCCUAGGACAUGUAACAAAUGUACUCAUCUCAUUGCUUAACGUGUGCUUGGCUUUGUCCGUCUCUUUUACGGGUGUGCUUGUUAUUAUUUUUGUAUUUAUAUAUGCUUUAAUCUGUGUAUUCAUAUAAAAAUAUAUAAACACA